UUACUAUCUAACCAUUAAGCAAAGUUGGUCGCCAAAGUCCUUGGAAGUUGGAACAAGACAAAACAAAACAACACAAAAAUCAGACCAAACAAAAGACCAUGGCUUCGCCACAGGGUCGGAGCCCCGAGCUGAGGAAGGACUCGGUGACGAAGCGGUGGGUCAUUUUCUCGCCCGCCAGGGCCAAGAGACCCUCCGAUUUCAAGGCAAAAUCACCCACCACCCAAAGCAAACAGCAGCAGGAGUGCCCCUUCUGCCUCGGCCACGAGCACGAGUGCGCCCCGGAGAUCUUCCGGGUCCCGUCGAGCUCCGGCCCGGCCUGGAAGAUCCGGGUCAUCGAGAAUCUUUACCCGGCUCUCAGCCGCACUCUCGAUGGCCCCUUUGCCCAAAACCAUAACCCUAACGCUAGCGGUAGUGGUGAUCAAGUUUUGGGAGGGUUUGGGUUUCACGACGUGGUAAUUGAGAACCCGGUUCACUCGGUUCAACUUUCGGAUCAGUCGCCUCAGGAGCUCGGUGAGGUUCUUCUUGUCUACAAGAAGCGGAUCCAGCAGCUUGCCACCUACGAUUCCAUCAAAUACGUGCAGGUGUUUAAAAACCAUGGUGUUUCAGCUGGGGCGUCUAUGAGCCACUCUCACAGUCAGAUCUUGGCUCUUCCAGUUGUUCCUCCCACUGUUUCUGCCCGACUUGACAGUGCGAAGGAGUUUUUCCAUGAGACUGGGAAAUGCAGUAUUUGUGAAGUACGAGUGGAGGGCCUCUUGAUUGAUGAAUCUUCCCAUUUUAUUUCCGUUGUUCCUUUUGCUGCUUCGUUUCCUUUCGAGAUAUGGAUUAUUCCCCGUCAUCACUCCUCUCAUUUUCAUGAACUGGAUGGUGCAAAGGCAGUUGACCUUGGUAGUUUACUGAAACUCAUGCUCAGGAAGAUGUCAUUUCAGUUGAACGAUCCACCAUUCAAUUUUAUGAUUCACACUUCACCACUUCAGGUUCCCGAUUCGCAGCUACCUUACAUUCAUUGGUUUUUACAGAUAGUUCCUCAACUAGCCGGGGUAGGGGGGUUUGAAAUAGGAAGUGGGUGUUAUAUAAAUCCUGUAUUUCCAGAGGAUGCUGCCAAAGUUCUGAGGGAAGUACAUAUUCCAGAAUAGGGAAGUAGCACAAUAACAAUAGCCAGUUAUUAAAAAUAAUUUAAUGGGAGAAGAGUCUUAUUCUGUCUGAGGGAGUCUGCCAUUGAUUUUGUAUCAAUGGCCCCAUUUGUUUUUGUUAUCUCAUGUUAUCCCAUGUCUUGGGCCUUCUCAUAUGACUUUAUAGUCCAAUGCAUAUGUAAAGAACUAUAUAGCUACAAUUCAGACCCUGACAGAAAGUCUGGGAACUGGUGUCUUGAAUGAUAAUGAUAAUUUCAAUGUUUUAUAUGA